AUGCAGCUCCUUUCGAUUAUCGCACUUCUCGCUUUCGCGCAGGGCAUUGUUGCCCGCAACCUCUGCAAAAACGGCCAGCGUUACUGCGGAAGUGCGUUCAAGCAGUUUGACAAUGCCGGCAAAUUCUCGAGUUUCGAUGACGAGACACUGUACCUCUGUGACAGCUUCAAGGGAAGCCCACCUGGAAGCAAUGGAGAAGUGAAAAAAUUCAACCAUUACCCCAUCAUCGUGCAAAACUGCCCACAUAAAUGCCAUGUCGCAGGCGGCGGUGAAAAUGAUUACUGUACUGGGGAGAUUCUUUUCAACAAUGACGAGAGGCUGGCAAAAUGUGUCGAUGCGGCUUAUAAGAGAACUGCGAAAUUUGCCAUUAAGGCAAACACCAAGCUUGAUCUGCUGAAAGUGGAAAAACAACAUUAUUUCCGACUGCGCAACUGUGUCAAUUUCUUCCUCGGAUCCCGGACUAUAAACAACUCCGAUGAAGAGUUCAACAAGAAGGUUGCCGAGUUGCAGACUUCCUUGAAGGAGGGUCAGAAAAAGGCCGACGAGGCAUUUGAGGCCGAAGAGGCAAAGGAGGCGAAGGCGGACUAA